GAGAUGGUGGGAGAGAGGACGGGGGAGCGGGAGAGGGCGGAUGCUGUGUCAGGAGGAGAGGCGGAAAUAACCCCCGGGAGGAGCCAGACGGUGGACAGUCAUGAUGGGACGACCAGGAAAAUAAGUGAGAGGGAAGAACGGAGAGACGGAGGAGAAGCAGAAGGGGAUAACGAUAAGAAUGAAGAGAGAACAAAAGAAACAAAUGAGAAUGAAUAUGCAAUGGGAAAUGAAAGAAGGGAGAGUAUUAAGCAGAGAAUAUAUAAACAGUGGGCAGAAGAAGUAGAUGAAGAAGGUUCUAAGGAGUGGAGUCCUCUGAGAACUGACGCGAGGAGAGAAAACAUACGAGGAGGAAGCAGCAAAAUGAAUGAUAAUAAGACCUUGGGAGAAGGAGAAACGGAAAAGAUUCAUACAGACUUAUUGGCCGAAUUUGAGACACUGACGGAGGAAGACACUUCGAAUUAUGAGGACGAAGACUCAAGCCGCUGUGAGGAGGAGGAAGAGGAGAACUCGAGUCGUUAUGAGGAGGAGAGUGGGGAGGCAGGAGAAGGCGGAGGGGAACAGAACGCCUACGAGGAGUACAUGAUGAUCAGGGAGGAGGACGACUGCCUGGAUGAGAUGAAGGCUGUAGACCUCAUCUUCAGGGACGUGUUCAAGGAUUACAACGACGGAGAGUUCCUGACGGAUAAUGACGUCUCUGAGAGCGAGUAUGACGAGCACUUGCAGUCAGUGAGAGGCGCGGAGAGGGAGCAGCCGGGGGAGGAGAAACCCCAGCCCCAGAUCCACCCACUCCUGCAGGACACGUCUCGGGGCGCUCACUCAGCAAAUCAUCGCGACCCAGCCUGUCAGAGGAGGGGGCAUGAGUUUCCCCAGGCGGGUUCUGAGGCUGGGACACCCGCACGGGGAAGGGGAAGUCGUGAUCUUCCUCAAGUGGGUCCUCGGAGCUGGACACCCACACGAGGGAGAGGACGUCGCGGUCAUCCUCAUGCGGGUACUCAGGUUGAGAUACCCACUAGGGAAAGGGGACGUGGCGGUUUCCCUCAAGCGGGUACUCGGCCCUGGACACCCACACGGGGGAGGGGAUAUCGUGUUCUCCCCCAAGUGGGUUUUCAGGCAGGGACACCCACACGAGGGAGGGGACGUCGCGCUCAUCCUCAAGCGGGUACUCGGCCAGAGACACCCACGCGAGGGAGGAGACGUGGUGGUCUCCCUCAAGCGGGUACUCGGCCAGAGACACCCACACGGGGGAGGGGACGUGUUGGUAUCCCUCAAGCGGGUACCCAGAAGCCCUCAGGAUAUAAGCUUUCCAAAGAGGAGGGAACCUGUGAACAGGACGGCCCCCGACACACUGGCGAGAUGGAAGGCUGAAAUGAUCUCUCAGGGAGCUCAGACUAAUGGCGAAGGUGGGCGACGCAAGCUGGUGAAGAGCCUCUCUGAGGUCGCACGCUACGAGGGUGUCCAGUAUGAGAUCUAUGACCUGGAUGACCUCACCGAACCUCCACUGCCCACCAGAGCCAUGUCUGAGGGCCCUCCGCCAUGUCCUCCAAGAUUCUCCACCUUUGACAUAACCUUAGACGAAGGACCUCCGCCCCCUCCUCUCAAAUUCCGACAAAAUUACCAAGAGAUCUUCAUCGACUCUUCCCCACAUAAGCCACGUCGAGGCCUCCUGCAGAAGACACUUUCCGAGGGUGAGAUACUGUCAGAGCGUCGGAAAGCCUUGAGUUUGGCCUCGGGUUACCUCGAGGUCGACAUUAAUGGCUACAGUGACAACGAGGAGGAGGUCAUUGAGCCCCAGUGUGUGAAUGAGGUCUCCCGUGACCUCUCCCGCAGUAGGAUAUUCACCCCAGAUUCCUUUAUAGAAGAGGAGGAAGAGUUCCAUGAAAAUAUGCUCCAUAAGGAAAUUCUCCCUUCCAUAUUACCCUUUGAGAGAAAGUUAUCGCAAGUAUCGACUGAUUCAGAUCUAAAAACUUUUGAUCCAAAUGAAUUCCGGACUGAGGAACACUUGCAAAGCCAACUUGCAGCCUUAUCACUAGAUUCCCUGGCCGAAAGUGGGCCAUCAUUACUCGAAACCGGGUCAUACGUAGAAGGGCUUUGUGCUAGGGCUGGGUCGCCCAUGUUUUAUGCCGGGACGCCCAGCGAAGCAAUGGGAGUUGGAGAGUUCGGGGACCACCUGGAAGAAUCGAUGAGUGAGAGUCAAGUGACGGUAGUACAGCGAGCCUUAGCAGCGUCUUCUCAGGUCAUUGCUUCAGACUCAGAAAACGGGAGCUUCCACUUGACGGACCACUCCUCGGCGGCCACUACGCCAUCGACACGUCACAAGAGCCUCCCUACUGCCGGCAGCUUCGAGGAGGACCUUGACGACGAAUUGCUGCCACGUCUACGGGUAUCAAGUCUCGUUCACAGCGCCACCACACUCUCAUCCAUCGAGGACGAGCCGACGAGCAUGAGUGAGAAUGUGAUAUCUGAUAGUUCUCAAGGAGUGACCAUCAGCACGACCUCCAGUGAGAGAGAUAAAGCCAUCGCUGGCUCAACAGACAAUGACUACAGCUCUAUACGAAGUGGAGAAUCUAUGACCAUAAAGUCUGAAGUUGUUGAAGAAGAAGAGUUUGAAGGUGAUAUUAUAAUAGAGGAAAAUAUCAUGGCUAAAUUGGUCCAGGAAAUGAAGGACGGAGAGUCAGUAUCACAAACACCAAUCAAAACUUCCGACUUCCGGGACGACGCCAGAAGAUUGGCCUCCCCGGAGUCGGACUCGUCCAGUAGUCUCUUCACAGAGCAGGAAACGUCCAGGAGUCCGGUAUCGGGAACCACCAACACGAUGACGUCCAAAUCUGACCUCUCUCGCACCGACUCCCACCCAACUGACCAAUCAGAGACCUCGGAAGAUUACAUCACGGCUACAGAGAACAGCAUCAAUGACCAAGACGCUCGUCGAAGUUAUUCUUUAGAAGAGAGACACGUAUCUUCCCCCCCUGGGAUGGCUGAUAUAUAUGAGGACGAAGCCUUGACGCCCAAGUUCAUGAGCCCCGAGAUGAGCGAGGUCCUGGCCAGCCUGGAGCACCACGAGCUAAGUGACAUCACAGAGGGUCUCAGUGUUGUCAGCGACUUCGAGACAGCUCAAGACCUCACUUCCCCAGACGGCGACACCACCACGUCCGCCAGCUAUUACAUCGACUACUCGCUUGGUGAAGAAUCUGAUAAGAUCAUAGAAACGAAAGUCAAGCCUGAGAUCCCUCCCAAACCCACCUUUUUACCUAAGCCAGAAGUGCCACCCAAGCCAGAUAGAUUGUCACCCUCAAGGGAGACUUCACCCCUGUCGCUGGAGUAUCGGGAAAUUGAUGACAUUGAAGUUGACACAACAGUGAGAAGACAAGAAAAGUGUCCGGAGGAGAGCAAGACUGGAGCCAUCAAGAAACGUUACUCUGCUGGAGGGAAAGUCACCAAGGAUGACAACAGAAGGUAUUCAAAGUAUUUCGAGGACAACGACAAAGGUGAGUUGUCUGAAAUUCGAGGUCAGAGUCAACAGUCGUGGUCAGAAGAAGAGAGAGAAAGGACCAAACAGGCACUGAAGUUAGACUUCCCUCCGGGGGUCACCAUGUUUGGGGAGGCUCCCAGCUGGCCACAACCGGAUGACCUAAAGACUGGAGAAAUGGAGAAAAAACUGAAAGUGUUUGAUAAACCCAAGAAAUCUGUUAAAAUUGAUCUUGCCAGUGUUGAGGACCUCCAGGCCAUGCGGUCGAAGGAUGAGAGUCCAAGCGACAAAGAAACAGAAGUUCCAUCAAGUGAAGCCAAACCCACCAAGACCAAACACGACAAAGCUAAACGUAAAUCAGAGGAGAUCACGACGCCAGGGAUGGUGAGGAGCCCAGCCAUGCAUGAAGGAUUCAGACUUGAGGACUGGACGCCAAUUCGAACCCCCAUGACUCCUCCCGAGAGAACUAUGGACGUUGAUACUUCCGAUGAGUCUUACUCUGAGGGUCCCAGACACCCCCCUAAAGGACGUAGUCCUGGUAGACGAUCAAAGGAUAGUCCAGGAAAAAAAGGUGAGACUCCCAGUUUUCCAGGGGAAAGUCCAGUGAAACAAAUGAGUGAAAGACAAAGUCCUGGAAAGAUCAUAAGUAAGGCAAGAGAAAGUCCACUGAGGGAAAGUCCAAGACAGAGUCCGAGACGAACAGGAAUUCAGCAAAUCAGUCCUAUAAGGGAUUCUGUAGCAUCAAAAAUAGAGAAGACAGUCACUCAUCCUGUGGAGAUCCACCAACGUCAGAGUCCAAUCAGAAUCCAGAAACCUGGAGGUGAACCAAUGAAAAGAAUGAGUGAAAUACCUGUUGGCUCAGCCCGUGAGACUCCCGAGGUGGUGAAAAGACACUCGGCAGACAUAACCAUCACAGGAAAAGAGACUCAGGAUCUCCUCAAGCCGUCAGGCGUUGUGACUGGGUACCUGAGGACAGGCAGCCAGAGUCCUACGUCCAGGGAGAGACCACUGCAGCUGCCGGAGAGUAAACUCCUCGCUAUCGCACCAAUGAAAGACUCCAGGAGAAGUGCCGAGUCUCUAAGAUCUAUGAGUCCCGGGUCUGACAAUGUGUUCUUGGGUGGAAGUCGGGAACAGCUUGACGACGACAGCCGGCCAGCUCUCUGUGUACAGUGUGGAGAGCGACCAGCAUCCAGGGAGGGGUUGCUUCGGCCCACACCACCAGCUGGGUCCGGAGUGACAGUUGAGCGUCGCUUCUCUGACAGGGAACCCUCCAGGCCUCGCACUGUGGGGUAUCGAGCCAAAUCUGAGGAGAGAAACACAUUCACUAAGGACUGGGGGAUGACGCCUAUCAGUCUAGAGCAGGGUGACACUCCCCGCCAUGACAGCGACGACGACGAGAAGGGCAUCUACCUCGAACCCUACCGCAAUGCCCCCUGGCUCUACGUGGACCCCAGCGAUGAGGCCAAGGUAUGGCGGAGGGACGAGGGGUCACCCAGCCCCAUGCCUCACCACCUCAGAAUACCCGGAUUUGAUGACGGCUUUGAGCCCUGCGACACACCUGAACCUGACUCGAGGCCCGACUCCCGGCAGGACACUUUAAGGGAUGUCAUGGAAGACAGCCUGCAGGACACCUUGAAGGACCUCAUACAGGAAACCGUGCAGGAUCAACAAGACACGAAGGAGUUUGUUGAUAAGGAGGCAAAACUAAGCCAGAAGAACAGAAUUAGACGUGCGUCGGUAGAGUCGACGUGCAGCGAAAAGGACUUCCGGAGGAGGUAUCAGGCUAUCACCCACAGGAUGGUUCAUCGUAAGGCCUCCGUCGAGAUGUACCGCAGGCUGGUCCAGGCCACAUUCCAGUCGGACAAGACGGUUACUGUAAGUCGGGAGUCGGGUGAAUUUGGGUUCCGGAUUCAUGGUUCCCGGCCGGUGGUGGUGUCGGCCAUUGAACCUGACACCCCAGCCGAGACGUCUGGCCUGGAGGUGGGCGACAUCAUCAUCAACAUCAAUGGUGCUAAUGUCCUGGAUGCCUCUCACUCUGAGGUGGUGAGGCUAGCACAUGUUGGUUGUGAUACUCUACGGCUAGAGGUGGCACGAACCUGUGAUGUGUUGACGCCCCUUGUGACUCACGACCCUACCCCUCUAUGUGCUGGCUACCUGUACAAGCUAGGAGGUGCUCACCACACCCCUGGCUCCUCCACCAUCAUCAGAAAAUGGCACAGACGGUGGUUUGCCCUCAAGAAAGAUCACUGCCUCUAUUAUUACAAGUCGGAAAUGGAACAACACCCAUUGGGUGCUGUGCACCUCUUGGACUAUAGUGUUCAUGCCUUGGCUGACAUGGGCAAACCUUUCUCCUUCACUGUGGCAAAGUUUGGAGGGAUGACCCUGCACCUCGCAGCACAUACAGAGGAGGCACGUAACCGCUGGGGUCAGGUCAUCACACAGGCAGCAGCCGAGGCUGCUCAGAGGGAUGAACUGAUGGAGAUCUCUUCCCGUCGUGUCCAACAAGCCCCUGCAUCCAUAACAUCUCCCGAUUGUUUUGGGUUCUUGCACAAGCUAGGAGCAAGGUGGCACCAGUGGAAGAGAAGGUACUGCGUCUUGAAGGAUGCCUGCCUUUACCUCUACCAUGAUACUGAUGCCACACAAGCUAUAGGAGUGGUUCACCUCCAUGGGUACAGAGUACAGAGUACCAGCAUAGGUGGGAAAAAACAUGCCUUCGAACUCCUGCCACCAGAACCCAAAUUUCGACACUUCUACUUUUACACAGAAUCUGACAGUGACAAAAAGAGAUGGUUGGCAGCCUUAGAAUACUCCAUUGACAGAUGGAUCAAAGUGGGCUGAUUGGUGUUUUCCUAGAAGCAGGGAGAACUGGGAUGUGGUCUAGUCAGAAGGUUUUGAGUCUUCAAUAUAACUUGAAAGUGACUUCAAAUUUUAUGCCACUGAGGCUGCUAACUGGAAGAGUGGUUGAGCAAGGACAUCACUUAUUGUAAGAGUGGUUGAACAAGGACAUCACUUACUGUAAGAGUGGUUGAACAAGGGCAUCACUUAAUGGGUUGAGAAGGACAUCACUUACUGGAAGAUUGAUUGAACAGGGACAUCACUUGAGGUUGAUCUGCUUUGUAUAGUAAAAAUGUGAUAUUGUCAGAAGGAACGAGUCAAUCAAAGACCCUCACAUAGAAAUGGCUUACUCGGAUACUUUGCAAAGGGAUUUUCAGCACUCAAUCAAACAGUCAAGAAAUGAAAUAGCUUUUUAAACUUAUAUUUAAGGCUCAAAGUUUCCAGUGUUAUCACAUCAAUCAGCAAUACAAGAGAUAGUCAUAUAUAUAGACCAGGAUAGCAAAAAAUAUGCUUGGUGUAUUUUUCUUAACAAAGACAAUAUUAUGGACUUGUUGUUUAAGUUUGGUAAGAUAUUUUUUAGUUUAGAAUACUGCCAUAGGUUAGUGCUGAGGGUUGUUCAUAACAAGAUUCAAUAGGCCAGGAUGUGACGAGAACUGUGUAAAUUGUAUUGAAAUUUCAAAAUGAACUUUCACGCCCUAAUCAGUUACCCUUAUUUAUUUUGUUCUGUGGAUAAAGAGGUAUUCUGUACAGUACAUGGAUUUGUUAUCUCUGAAACUGAUGAUUAAUGUUAUAAUUAUUUUUAAUUGAUUUCAAAGAAGUCAACGGUCACUCACUGUAAAAAAAACAAUAUUUUAGUACAUUAUGUUUUGAUGAUCAUUAAUUAACCUUUACUUGACCAAGAUCUUUUUUAAAACUCACCUGUGAACCCUCAACAUGUACAGUCGCAGAGUCUUCCACGUUGAACACCCAGCCAGACAACCAGAGCGGUAGAAUCGGCUGACGAUCUGGUAACUGUGAGUGUGGGAGGGAGAGGGGUGAGUUCUUGAGUUGUGUAAUAUGAUCAUAUUUUAUUUUAUACUUUACAAAGUAAUGGAAGUACUAGAAGGGAUUAUUAAAUUUAGGAAUACAUUUUUCCAGUAGUAUUACAGUGUUGAUUUUUUGCACUGAAUGGCCAGAGAAACACGCGAUCUUAACCUUUCCACACCAAUUCUUAAUAAGAAUAGUGUGGGAGAACAGGUGCCAGUCAAUGGUUGAUGCUAACCAAAUAUUUAGUUAUAAUACCCAUUCUUAUAAGACUUAUUUUUAGAGGAUAAAAGUAUUGCAAUAAAAAAGUAUGGGAAGUUGUAUUACGUGAAAUGAAACAAGUAGUGAUUGUUAUCAUAAUGGAAAAUAAAAGUCACUUAUUAUUAAUGAGAAAAUUAGGUAUAAAAAAUAUUAUUAAAUUUUUUCACUCAGAAGUAUGAGAGAUGACCUAGUGAAAGCGAAGCUCAUGAGAGGUGGCUAGAUUUUUGGUUCACAAAGGCUGUCCUAAUAAGUGGUGAUAUGAGGUUGGAAUUGGGCAUCAGAAAUCAUUGACAGAGGAACACCGUGCCAUCAGACUCGUCUUGGUUUGUCAGCAUUUGGCACUGGACUACUGGAAAAGGCUUGUUUUCUCUGAGGUAAAUUCUUUACCACGUUCUUAAUUGAUAAAGGCAUUACGCACUUACACGUCAUUGGCAACUACUUGUCAGUAUCUUUUGUAGCACCAUACCACUAGACUCACCAUAUUAAAGCAAUAAAUGUAAAGAGGUCACUUUGGUUUACCAGGUGUGAGGCUAGGUCGAAACGUGACUUACGACAGCAUAUGGUAAAAACAUAAUCAUGCCGAAGGGCUAAACUUUUGGUGCGCUCUACCUUGUGGUAGGGGGCUCUCAUAAUUUUUCACGAGUUAUAUUUAAUCUUCGGACAAAACCGCAACACGUUUUUUGUCUUUGUUUGCACAUAUAAGAGCAGUUGAAUCACCUAAAAAUAUGUAUCAGCUUAAAGUUAUACAGUAUGUCGGAUUUGGAAAAUAAUUAUAACUACGAAAUUGGUCGACAUCAAUCAUUGACUGGCACCUGUUUUCCCAUACUGUCUUUACCCGAGGAAUGGUAGCAGUAUGCAGGAAGGUAAAGGUUACGUGUUUCUCUGGCUUUGGAGACUUAGAUAAGAGAUAACCAAUUACACCCCAAUAAAUCAAACAACGUAAUGCUGCUGUAAAUACAUAUUCCUAUACCAUAAUCACCUUUUCCACUUCCAUCACUCUUUUGUGUGCUAAAUAAUAUAAGACUAUAUUAUGCAAUAUGGAACUCAAGUACUCCCCCAUCUUAUCCCCCCUCCCCCUCCUCUCCACCCCUGCGACACACACACACACACACACACACACACACACACACACACACAC